AUGGCCUUUAAUGGAAUUAGAGAAGUGGAGAAUUGUUUUGUAUCUCUUCUACAGCGAUUCAGAAGCCGAAAUGAACUGAAGAAGAUCCAUGCCUCCAUCAUUAUACAUGGAUUGUCACAAAGCAGCUUCAUGGUUACUAAAAUGGUGGAUUCGUGUGAUAAGAUUGGAGAUAUGGAGUAUGCUACUCGUCUUUUUAAUCAAGUAUCGUAUCCUAAUGUCUUUUUAUAUAACUCCAUCAUUCGCGCUUAUACACACCAUUCCUUGUACUGCGAGGUGAUCCGAAUCUAUAGGCAACUGUUCAUGAAGAGCAUUGAACUCCCAGAUCGGUUCACGUUCCCGUUUAUGUUUAAAUCUUGUGCGAGUCUUGGAUCAUGUUAUUUAGGGAAGCAAGUUCAUGGUCAUCUCUGCAAAUUCGGGCCUAAGUUCCAUGUUGUGACUGAGAAUGCGCUGAUAGAUAUGUAUAUGAAGUUUGAUGAUCUUGCUGAUGCAGAUAGAGUGUUCGAUGAAAUGUCUGACAGAGAUGUUAUAUCCUGGAAUAGUUUGCUUUCUGGAUAUGCACGGCUUGGGCAGAUGAAGAAAGCGAAAGCAUUGUUUCGUUUGAUGCCUGAUAAAACGAUUGUGUCUUGGACUGCAAUGAUCUCUGGGUAUUCUGGGAUUGGUUGUUACGUAGAGGCUAUGGAUUUCUUCCGUGAAAUGCAGUUAGCUGGUAUUGAGCCUGAUGAGAUCAGUCUCAUUUCUGUUUUACCGUCGUGUGCGCAUCUUGGAUCUCUUGAGCUUGGGAAAUGGAUCCAUAUGUAUGCUGAGAGGAGAAGGUUUCUGAAACAGACCGGUGUUUGCAAUGCUUUGAUUGAAAUGUACUCGAAAUGUGGUGUGAUUAGUCAAGCUAUCCAAUUGUUCGACCAAAUGAAAAGGAAAGAUGUUAUAUCAUGGAGUACAAUGAUCUCAGGGUAUGCCCAUCACGGGAAUGCUCACAGAGCAAUUGAGAUAUUCAAUGAAAUGCAGAGAGCCAAAGUGAAGCCUAACGGGAUCACUUUUCUUGGUCUUUUAUCAGCUUGUUCACAUGUUGGUUUGUGGCAAGAAGGGUUGAAGUAUUUUGAUAUGAUGAGACAAGAUUAUCAAAUAGAACCAAAGAUCGAACACUAUGGUUGUUUGAUUGACGUUUUGGCAAGAGCGGGAAAACUGGAACGAGCUGUUGAAAUAACAAAGACAAUGCCAGUGAAACCCGACUCAAAAAUAUGGGGUUCAUUGUUAAGCUCUUGCAAAACACAGGGCAACCUUGAUGUUGCACUGGUUGCAAUGGAUCAUCUUGUGGUGCUAGAGCCGGAGGAUAUGGGGAAUUAUGUUUUGCUUGCCAAUAUUUACGCAGAUUUGGGAAAAUGGGAGGAUGUUUCGAGAUUGAGAAAGAUGAUAAGGAACAAAAAUAUGAAGAAAACGCCAGGUUGUAGUUUGAUAGAAGUGAACAACAUUGUUCAGGAAUUUGUUGCAGGAGAUAACAGUAAACCUUUUUGGACUGAGAUCUCUAUAGUGCUGCAAUUGUUUACUUCACAUCAGGAUCAGGAUGUGAUUAAAAACAACAAUGCUCUUGCAUUUAUAGAUAUGGCUUAAAAGCGUUUGAAUUUUGGAAGAAGUAGCAAACUUAUUAGGCGUA